AGAUAAACCAAAAAUUUCAAUCCAAUCAAACAAUUAAAGUAGCGAAAAUAGACUGGAGGAGGGAAUACGUAAAUAGGGAGGGAGAUGUACUGCCAGGUAAAGGUUAAUUGGUCAAGUCAAAUCUGCUCCUCAACCAGACUCCCUCUCCUUCCGCCUCUUCCGAUCCUUUCUCUCCGGCCUUUCACAAUAGUCAAUACGGAAAAGCUGAAGAAGCCCAGCUCCCAGUUGAUUCGAUCGGUUCCGGAUCUCGGGUUGGUUUUUCUACGUUUCACACUCAUCUUCUUUAUCUUGUCAUGUACUGAUUUCUAUCUUUGAUCACCCCUUUCAUCACUGUCUGCUAGCUAAAGGUUCGAUGGCUACGCAGAUGAAAGAGCGCGUCCAUGAGGUCUCCCUUGAAAAUUUGAUGGUGAAGCAAGACCUGACUCACGUAAGUGAUAAGCAGCUGUUAGCUGAGGGGGCUUCUGUUGAGCUCCAGAACAGAAUUAAGCCCAAAUUUAAACCACGGCCAUCUCAAUCAAGAGAAAAGAAAGUUGCAGAACUUGAUAAUCCUAAAAUUGCACCCCUUGAAAUGAAGCAAAGGCAGAAUGUUGCUGUUGAUGGGAGUUCUGCAUCUCAACCACGCAAAAGAAAAAAACAGCAUCCUGCAAAUCAUGGGAAAGAUAAUGAUGCUUCACAAUUUAGCCAAGUUUUUAUUGUGCCAAAGGAGGAGUCCGUUGGCACUGGAAACAAACAUAGCAAUGAUGAAGGAAAUCACAUGUCAGAUUCUCUCGUUCUUUCUAGAAUAACUUCUGAAGAGGAUUUGGAUCAUCCAAAGCCUUUAAAAGGUGUCUUUGAUGCUCAUUCUGAUGGAGAAAGAGUGACUCAUCCAGAAGGACUUGAGAAAGGUUUAGACAAAUUGCAGCCUAGGAGGAACCCUGAAAUUGGUGCUCAUGCGCCACAGUUUGAUCAAAGAAAUGGGCAAGCCCCUGAAAAACCAUCAGAAGAUGGGUACAACUGGAGAAAGUAUGGACAGAAGUUUGUUAGAGGAAAUGAAUUUAUUCGGAGUUAUUAUAAAUGCACUCACAUUAAUUGCACCGCAAAAAGACAAGUGGAGAGAUCUCAUGGUGGUCAUAUUGCCGAAAUUAAAUACAUUGGUAACCAUGAACAUCCUAAACCUCAAAAUAGCCCUCAGGUAUCUACCAUCACCCAAGAUAGAAGACCCGACUUGCCUGCUUCUGAAGUUACGCCAGGGGAGAAGUGUGAGACUACUGAAACCAAACAGUCCCCAUUGGCACUCUAUGAUGCAGGCACGCCAUAUUCAGCUCUCCAGUCACAUAAUUUGCCAGAUGAGGAUGAUUACAGUACUUGCCGAGAACCAAAAAAGCAAAAGAAAGUUUCUUCUAGCUGUGAUGACAAUAAGCCUCAUGGGGAGCCAAAGCAUGUUGUUCAGACGAUGACUGAUGGGGAUAUAGUAAGUGAUGGGUACCGCUGGCGCAAGUAUGGACAGAAAUUUGUAAAGGGUAACCCAUACCCAAGAAGCUAUUACAGAUGCUCGAACAGUGGGUGUCCUGCGAAGAAACAUGUUGAGAAGGCUUCCCAUGAUCCAAAAAUGGUCAUGACGACAUAUGAAGGGAAGCAUGUCCACGAUAUGCCACCAUGUAGGGCUACUACCCUACAAAAGUCAGGCGAGUGUGUCAAUGCCACCAAUACAAGAAUGACAACGAGUGGAGAUCCAAGACAAUCUGAAACUGUUGAAAACAAAUACGAUGGUAGCCUUGACAUGGUUGUUUAUGUUGGGGCCACCUGAGGAUGCUUUGGAUGAAUGGAAGCAACUAAUUCGCUUUGGUAUAGAUAAUUUACUCACGGUUCUUCUUGAGGUGUUCUGUGGAGGAGCUCAUAUUUUUUAAACAAAUUAAUGAGUAGUGAAACUGGUAAGGAAGAAUGGUUGAGGGAAGAGUUCAGGGAAAAAAUUAUUCCAAUAAUACCCUUAAUGAAUGAAAGAGUGUUUAAUUCAUCAAGAGCAUAGGAGUAAUAGUUUCAUUUGCAAUCCAUGAACCAUCCCCUAAACCAUUCUCUCCCCAUAUAUCAUUACUCAAUUAGUAUGACUGAUGACAACAAACCAAGUGUCAUAUUGUGUAAUGAGUAUGGUCUGUAUGGAUAUAUGUAGAGAAUGUUCUAGGAAAGAGUUCAAUGAAAGAGUAUAAAAUUGUCCCUAUGCCCUUAAUGAAUUAAAUUUGGCUUCCAUUCAUCAAGGGUAUGAUUAGAAGAAAAUCAUUAUAUUCUUAACCAUUGUGUGAACCAGCCAACCAUUCUCUGGCCUUUUAACUACUCUUGUCUUAAAUUGACAUUAUGACAUAAUAUACUACGUACCUGAUAUGAGGGAUGCUCUGGCAUAGAAUCUAGCUAAGUUUUCUUGACCAGAAAUGUAAUUAUUGUUAUUCUGAAUGAACAUGUUGGAAGUUUGUUAUAGUACCCAAACACAAUCUAUUUUAGUAUAAAUGUCUGUUUAAGUCCCCAAAAUAUGUUUAUGA